ACUCCUAUGCUCCACUUCAUGUAUGGUUCUCCUCAGAUUGAUGACCAGUUGCCUGGAGAUAUAUUUCCUGAGUCCACGUUCCCUAAGAACCCCGAGGAUGGUUCUUUUGAAGAAGCUUUUGUCGAGAAUAAUCCUGUUGAACCGUCGGUGGGACCAACUACACCAGUUGAUACAUCCACAGCGGUCACACCUCCACUACCCCCAGUGACUCAAGAGGGGCCUUCUUCUCGUCUUCAUGUCCUGGCGAAGGAGUUGUUAUCUGACGAUGACCCUGAGAAGAUCGUAAUCUGCAUAGAAGUCCGCUCCUUCUUCUCUUUCGUGAAUGCUAUGAUUGGCAAGCUUUUCCACGGUGGACUUUCCCUUCGCCAAUUCAAGCCUUUCCUUGAUUCCAAGGUCAAUUCGAUAAGGGAAGCAGGAUAUCCAGAUUUGGCAAAGGCUAUAGUUGACGACCUUGAUUGCCUAGAGGUCGAUAUGUAUCCCUUAUGUGACAGAAUCCAAGAAUUUCCGCUGGACAUUCCAAAGGAAGGAUUUAGUGCUCAUCUUCCAAUUGAUGAGUCCGCAAUGAAUCAGAACAUCGUCUUCAAUCCUUGA